GUAGUAGUAGCAGCAGGGCGGGCUGAACAAGCGCUCUGCUGGCCGGGCUGCUUCAUAGCACCGCGGAGUGUCGCGAGAGAAGGCGAGAACAGAGCAACAAGACAACAAAAAUAAAUUCUGGACAACAAUUCAGAGUGAACGAUGGCGGCGUCGCUGCUGCGCCGGGACAAGAAAGCUACAGCCGCCCAUUUAAAGGCGGACCUGAAUCGGACAGACAACAGCUCUGGACUCAGGCAACUUCAGGAGCUGCUGGAUAAUGUUCUGAACCCGGAGAAACCGCCGUCGGACACUGAGGCCCUUGACUGGUGUAAAUAUCUGCUGGCAGGAGGGGACGGGUUCGAGGAGUUCUGCAAGACCGUCCGCUCCUACGAUAACGCGACUCUGUGUGGCUUAGUCUGGACUGCUAAUUUUGUAGCCUACCGAUGUCGGACCUGUGGCAUUUCCCCCUGCAUGUCUCUGUGCGCGGAGUGCUUUAAUAACGGGGACCACACGGGCCAUGAUUUUAACAUGUUUAGGAGCCAGGCCGGCGGGGCCUGCGACUGUGGAGACAGUAAUGUCAUGCGAGAAAGUGGAUUUUGCAGACGGCAUCGGUUAAAAACGGGAGAGAAUGUUCCAUCAGUCCCCAAUGAUCUACUGCUCAUGUCUGAGAUGGUUCUUCCUCGUUUCAUCAUCAGCAUAAUACAGUACCUGAGAGAUGGCUACACAGAGCCAGAGUCUGCCACAGACAGGGAUCUACAGAAGGUCUUGCAGCAGCUGGAGCCUCAGAUAUCUUUCCUAGAAGACCUCACCAAAAUGGGUGGAGCCAUGCGCACUGUGCUCACAAAGAUUUUAACCAAUCAGCAGAUCUUUAAAGAACUGAGCAUGGGCCAGGAGGAGAAUCUGUAUGCAAAAAGAAACUACGAGAAGUACCUGUCAGCACUGAAGAAUUCAGGCCUAGUGUCUGUGGAGGAGAAGGGGUCAGCAGGAGCAGGUGCUGGGGCAGCAGACUCACCUGCUGGGGCUGGAGCACUCAGUUUGUUGGGGGCCACUGCAGCAGCCAGCCCAGAUGAAGAAAAUAAAGAGGAGGAUCAGGAUGGGGGACAGUGUGUGGGCCAAAGGAAGAGGGUGAAGCUCAGCAGCAGUACCAAAGAUCCAUCCAUAAUGGAUAGUCUGAAGCAUAAAUGUUUUUUAGAAGAGUUAUUGUUUUGGACUAUUAAAUAUGAGUUUCCACAGAAGAUGGUCACUUUUUUACUCAACAUGUUACCAGAUCAAGACUAUAAGAUCACCUUCACUAAAACAUUUGUCCAGCACUACGCUUUCAUCAUGAAGACCCUGAUGAAGAGCCAUGAGUCCGACACAAUGUCCAACCGAAUUGUGCACAUCAGCGUACAGCUGUUCAGUAAUGAAGAGUUAGCGCGCCACGUCACCGAGGAGUGCCAGCUGCUGGACAUCAUGGUCACUGUACUGCUGUACAUGAUGGAAAGCUGCCUUAUUAAGAGUGAGCUGCAAGAUGAAGAGAACAAUCGUCACGUGGUGGUGAACUGUGGGGAAGCCCUACUGAAGAACAACACCUACUGGCCUUUAGUUAGUGACUUUAUUAAUAUUCUCUCUCACCAAAGCGUAGCCAAACGCUUCCUGGAGGAUCACUCUCUGCUAAUGCUCUGGAUGAGCUUUGUCUCCUUCUUUCAAGGGAUGAACCUGAACAAGAGGGAGUUGAAUGAGCAUGUGGAGUUUGAAUCUCAGACGUAUUAUGCAGCUUUUGCUGCGGAGUUGGAGGCGUGUGCUCAGCCUAUGUGGGGGCUACUCACACACUGCAAAGUCAAAGAAACACAGGAGUACACUAAGACAGUGGUGCGGUAUUGCUUGGAGACGUUACAGAUCUGGUUCGAUGCCAUUAGUUUUGUUGAUGAGCCUGCUCCCAAUCAAGUAACUUUUCAUUUGCCUUUGCACCGAUACUAUGCCAUGUUCCUUAGCAAGGCCGUAAAGUGUCAGGGUCUGGACUUGGACAGUCUGCUCCCUGACCAGGAGAUGCUGAUGAAGAUCAUGGUGCAUCCUCUUCAGAUACAGGCUUCUCUGUCUGAGAUCCACAGUAAUAUGUGGGUGAGGAACGGGCUUCAGAUUAAAGGACAGGCUAUGACGUACGUCCAGUCUCACUUCUGCAACUCUAUGAUCGACCCAGACAUAUUCCUACUGCAGGUUUGCGCAUCCCGACUAGAUCCAGACUACUUUAUAUCUUCUGUGUUCGAGAGGUUCAAAGUAGUGGAUUUGCUGACGAUGGCCUCGCAGCACCAGAACACAGUGCUGGAUGCAGAACAGGAGAGGCCCAUGCUGGAGGGGGCUCUCACCUUUCUUGUCAUAUUGUGCAGCCUCCGCAUACACAUGGGCAUGACUGAUGAUGAGAUUCUGAGAGCAGAGAUGGUGUCUCAGCUGUGUAUGAAUGAUCGGACACACAGCUCCCUGCUUGAUCUUAUUCCAGAGAACCCGAAUCCUAAGAGUGGGAUUGUUCCUGGCAGCUGUAGCUUUGAGGAGAUGCUGUCAGCUGUAGCUGAUUUUAAAGCUCCUGUGUUUGAGCCUGGGGGCUCCAUGCAGCAGGGCAUGUACACGCCUAAAGCGGAGGUGUGGGAGAAGGAGUUCGACCCCAUCAUGGUGAUCUUGCGCACUGUGUACCGGCGAGACGUCCAGUCUGCGAUGGAUCGUUACUCAGCAUUUUUGAAGCAGUCUGGUAUUCACACUGGUAACCCCUGGCCUCCUUAUAAAGAGAGGACUCCCCUGCACCCAUGCUACAGAGGCCUGGUUCGCCUGCUGCACUGCAAAACUCUGCACAUAGUCAUUUUUACCCUACUCUACAAGAUCUGGAUGGAUCAUCAGAACAUGUCCGAGCAUGUGCUGUGUAUGGUGCUGUAUUUGGUGGAGCUGGGUUUGGACAAUAACAUGCAGGAGGACAAAGAAGAUGAGGAGCCAUGUAUUGAGGAGCACUGCCAUGACAGCUGGUUCCCCGGCACCAGUCUGCUCUCCAAUCUGCACCAUGUUAUUAAUUUUGUGCGAGUACGAGUGCCUGAAACAGCGCCUGAGGUGGAGAGGAAGAGGGAGCGAGAGAGAGAGCGGGAGAGAGAGACCCCUCCAAGCACCAGCGCUGAGACCUCCAGCUUUGGACAGAGCUCCAGAAGGCUGACAGGGAAUUGGAGAGAGAACCUGCGUGAAGCUCAGCUGUUCAGCCUGGUUGCAGAGCGCAGGAGAAAGUUCCAGGAGAUCAUUAACCGCAGUAACCACGAGGCCAGCCAGUCCGUUCGUCCCAAGUCCUCGUCCCGCUGGCACCCUCCCGGCUCUCCUCCGCAGAUGGUCACAGAGAUCCUGGAGAUCAGGGAGAGCAUGCUGUCGCUGCUGGUCAAACUGCACCAGAAACUUUCCGCCAAGCAGAAUUCUCUUUCAGCGGGCUGGCUGGAGGAGGCUGACCCGGCCCGGCACUCGCACGGUGACGGGAUCACAGCCAUAGAGAGAAUCCUGGCUAAAGCUGCAUCCAGGAGCAGACACAGCAAACGGUGCCUACAGGAGAUCUGUGGACGAGUGUGUCCACCUGUGCCUCCCAAAAAGAACAGUCCUGGAGACAAGAAGAGCAUGGAUAAGGAGGAGAGGAGGCAGAGGGCCAGGGAGAGACAGCAGAAACUGCUGGCUGAAUUUGCCUCCAGGCAGAAGAGCUUCAUGGAGACAGCCAUGGAUGUUGAGUCUCCUGAGGCAGAGGCUGCAAUGGAUGUAGGCUCUGCUGAGCCUCUGGAAUCUGAGGUUCUGUAUGAUUGCGUCAUUUGUGGUCAGAGUGGUCCCUCCACUGAAGAUAGACCUACAGGACUGGUGGUGCUAUUGCAGGCAUCCUCAGUGCUAGGGCACCGUUGCCGUAGUGAUGAGGCGAAGCGGCUCCCUACCAGCGACGAGGAGCGGAUCUUCCCCGAGGACACGUGCGGCGCAACUAACGAUGUUCGACUAGCGCUCAUGCAGCGCUACUUUAUAGAUAGUUCUUGUCUUCAGGCUGUGUCCAUCGGCUGGGAUGGUGGUGUAUAUGUUCAAACAUGUGGUCACACACUACAUAUAGACUGCCACAAGUCCUAUAUGGAAUCUCUACGGAAUGACCAGGUGCUGCAGGGUUUCUCAGUAGAUAAGGGUGAGUUCACCUGCCCACUGUGUCGCCAGUUUGCUAACAGCGUUCUGCCCUGCAAGCCCGGCCGUGGUACAGAGGCGGGGGCCUGGCACACCCUCAGCAACAAGAGUCCGGCCACGCUGGUGAAGGAAGUGGAAAACCUGCAAGACGAGCUGGGCAUUUUCCCAGUAAGCACCUAUACGGAGUCCAACCUCACUAAAGAGAUGGAGUCUGUGAUUAAGGACAUAAAGAAUGCCACACAGAAGAAGUACAUGGAUUACGGCAAGAACCCUGGCUCUCCUGAUAACGAUUUCCUCUUCAUGUACUCAGUGGCCAGGACGAAUCUGGAGUUAGAGUUGGUUCAUCGUGGUGGGAAUCUGUGCAGUGGAGGAGCAAGUGCUGCAGCCAAACGCUCCUGCCUCAAUCAGUUGUUCCAUGUUUUGGCUAUGCACAUGCGUCUGUACAGCAUCGAUUCUGCCUACAACCCCUGGACCAGACUCACGCAGAUCACCCAGAAUAGAGAGCCAGAGUACGGUGAUGAGGAUCGUCCAGAAGUGCCGAUGCUGUUCAGAGAUGUCCCGUCUUUACUCAUCAUCUUUGUGCUCACUAUGCCUCAGCCUCUACGCAAAGAACAUUUUACAUGUAUAGUGAAGGUGCUCUACACUCUGCAGUACACUCAGGCCCUGGCAGCCUUAUCAGUCAAAUUUAGCCCUGAGGAGAGACUAGCCUGGAGCAACACUGGGGCAGCCAAGAAGAACAUGCCAAACUCUGAGAAAUCGUGGGAGACACUCCUGAGCCAUGUAAUUAGUGAGCUGACAAAGGCCAAGUGCACGUAUGAGAGCAGAUCUGAGGAGAGCAUGCUGAGUUCCAGUGUGUGGUCUCCUCAGUCUAUAGAGUUUACCCUGCAGCAGUUCUGUCUACCCUUCCUUCGCCUCUCCUGCCUGCUGCAGCACCAUCUCUAUGGGGACAACCUGCCUGGCUGCCCGUUGGAGGAGGAGUUCUCGCUGCUGAUAAGCUGUUUGGGUUUGCUGCCUGGUCCGACACAGUCCAGCAGCUCCAUGAGCAGCAGCGCGGCGUGUCUGGAAUGGAACGUCGGCGCGUUUGAGCUGCUCUCCCAGUGGUGCUCCGAGCUCAUCAGCCUGGCAGGCACUCCCUCACAGCAGGCUAUGACUCUGUUGGUGCAGGACCCUCAGUGGACCGCUCCUCAUCUGUUGCAGCUUCCAGACAACUAUAACACCAUCUUCCAGUACUACCACAGGAAGUCCUGCUCCGUCUGCAAUAAAACACCCAAGGACCCAGCGCUGUGCCUGGUGUGCGGGGCUUUCGUCUGCCUCAAGGGUCUCUGCUGCAAACAGCAGGGUAUCUGCGAGUGUGUACUGCAUUCUCAGCACUGUGGAGCUGCCACUGGAAUAUUCCUCCUGAUAAACGCCUCAGUCAUCAUCAUCAUCCGGGGACAUCGUUUCUGUCUGUGGGGUUCUGUUUAUCUGGAUGCUCAUGGAGAGGAGGACCGAGAUUUACGUCGGGGGAAGCCCCUGUUCCUGUGUGAGGAGAGGUAUCGAGUGCUGGAGCAGCAGUGGGUGUCUCACACCUUCGACCACAUCAACAAGCGCUGGGGUCCCCACUACAACGGACUUUAACACCACACACCCGGAACAGACCUGGAGGAGCCAGAUCCCACUGGGCACGAGUGCCACCCCCCUGUAUCUCCUUUUGAUAAAUGCUAUCAUGUAAUAUAAAAGAAACAGGCCGUGAGUGGAUUGCUGCUACAGCCUUGGUUAUGUGAAGUUUAGUGUACAAUCAUGCCUAACGACUAACAGUGUGUGUGCGUGCGUGUGGUUUUAAAGUGGUUUUCAGUUUGGAUUUGACAGUGGAGCAGAUAAAGGGAGGGGGUGGGGAUUGUUUUGUUUGUUUUUUUGUUUUUUUGGGACAGGCUCACAGUGAAAGCACAGAUUAGCCCAUUGCUGAGUGCAUUUGAGUAAGUGAUUAUUUAAAGCAUGAGUUACUUGGUUGCACCUCUCAAAAAACACUCCUGUGUAGGAAAAGUUCAGCAAGAUGAACAUGUGAUCAGUAUCGGAACUCUUGACCAAAAUCUGGCCGGUUUUUAGAGAUCUUCUUCUACUUUUUUCAGAGGUUCAGUGGUCAACACAGACAAGAGUAGCGUUUAGUGUACAAUCUAAACCGGAUGGAGGAACUGAACUGGCUAAGAAGAGCAUAUCAACCAUGAGCUAUUAUCAACCACGAUUAUCAAACACAAUCAUUACCCCAUGAUUAGUGCAAUGCGUAAUAAUGUUUGUCAUUCUAGGUGAUUCGUCACAUAUCUCGCUUCAUUCUCAGCUCGCAUCUUCAAGUGCUGGUAUGGGAUAAAAGUGUCAUUAAUAAGCGUAACUGAAAAGAUCAGCACUGAAUGAACGGUAGAACUACAAUUUUCUGCCAUCGCUUUGGGAAACUGGCCAUGGAUUGGCUAUAACGUGAAAUGGAUUAAAUUAUGUGUUUUAGAAGGUAAAAGAAAAAAAAAAUAAUGGAUUCAUCAUCAGAUUGUAGUAAAGAUAAGAUGAGACUUAUCUCUGGCUCAAGGUCUAGUUGCAACCAACCUCAGGAAUUUCUUUUUUUUUUUUUUCUUCUUUUUUUUGCUGUAGUUAGAGAGAAAUUUUUAAUAUUCAAAUAAAUGCUGCUAUUCUUUGUUGAGAGAUAAUUAUAACAUUUUGUAAAAAGUUAUUUUUAUGAUUUUCUUAUUUUUUUCAAAGAUUAGAAGACUCUGUGUUCAUGACAGCUGACAGGUUUGCUGAGGAUUAUUAUUAUUAUAUAUAAAUAUAUAUAUAUAUAAUUAUUUUUUUCAAAAUGAAGUUGCAGGAGACACGGACACUUUCCCGCAAACCUUUUUUUUUUCUUUUUCUCUUUGGAAUCUCUCUUUGGACAUGCUACAGGUUGAACACCCAGUUAGGUUUUCCUGUCUAAAUUGAAAAUGAAUAAAAAUGAAUUCUGCCAGGAAAAUGCAAUUCAUGAUAACAUGAGUAAAUAUUGGAUAUAUAUGAGGUUACAGGGUUUCCUUAGUGAAUCUAAGUGAACCCUACACUUUUAGCAUGAAAUUGGACCACCCUUACAUCAGCAGAGAGGGUCAAUUUCCAAGCAUUUUAACUUCAGGUGAUGGUGACCUCCACAGCAUCCCCAAUACAGUCCAAAUUGGUAUCUCAGUCGAAUGCAUCAACAGCAUUUUUAGCGUUUAUAGGUUCUUAGAUUUUGUACGUAGAAAGACGCAGUAGUGCUGUUCUUUUAGCUGAGUAGUAGCCACGGGAAUAAAAUUCACUGGUUAAAAUAAUUUAAUUUCUCUUUUCUUUCCUAUAGCUUUGACGUUUCCCAGAUCAGCAGUUCUUCAUAAAUCCUAAAUUAAAUUUUCAACUUGGUUGACAGUCGUGCCGCCUCUGUUUCAAUGCCUUGGUCAGUUUAAACACUGGACAAACCGAGUGCAUUGUUUUAAGCUUUAGAUUUUCUGGGAGAAAACGCACACUUAAUAAUAAUAAAAACAAAACUAGUGAGCACUUGGAAUGGGUGAUCAUAUGUUGGAUCUUUGAGGCCGUGUCUAUAAUGAUUUCAAUUGGGUAUCGUACUUAAAUUCCAUAAAGGAUUUAAGAAUGCAAUUCAAGUUUCAAAACAAAAAUAAUACUUGUUUUGUUUAAAACACAUGGGGUCUUGUUGUUAUUUGUUUUUGUUUUGUUUUUGUUUUUUUGAUACCUUAUAAAGCACUUGGUAUAUUUUACUUUGUUAAUUAUUAUUAUUGUUGUUUACCUGUUGGUGUUCCCCUCUCUGUCGCUUUUCUGUCUUUUUUUUUUUUUUUUUUUCUCAGAGAAUCUAAAUGUUAUCCCUAAAUUUGUGAUGCCAUCACUUCGUGAUUCAGAAUAGAAUCAGGAAGUUUAGGAUUUAAAUCAGUUUUGUUCACAUCUGGAGACGAGCACUAAAAUGUAUGUUUUUGGUUUUGCAAAUCUACAUGAGUUGUAGGGUUUUUGAAAAUUGCAAAACUGAAGAGAUGAAAUUCACAAAGCACUCUCUUAAAGCCAAAUUUCUAGUUUUUUUUUCACAACUUUGAAUGCAUUUCUCUCUUUUAGCCAUCCAAUGCUAUAAAGUGAUUUUUUUUAUACACAAGACCCAUUCACGUUUUUUUGACUUAUUCAUGUUAUUCAUGCUGUUUUCACUCAAUGCUGGAGGGAAAUGCUCUCGGCGUGUACACUCCCUGCUCUUUUCUGUCUUUUAUUUUUGUCGUGAGUUCUUGCAUGCUGCUGUUUUGUUUCUUUUCCUUCUUUUUCCACUUUCUUUCUUUUGCUCUUUCUCAGCCCAGUCGUUGUAUAGACAGCCAGUUCUGUGGAGAGUUAAAGGGUUGUACGUUGGGGUUGGAAGCUGCAACUUGUCCUUGGUGUGUUGUGAGAUGAGUGUGUGACAGAGAGGCAGAAAUACAGUACAUUACUGUAGGUGCUGAUUCAAACUUUCUGAUCUCUAAUCGGAAAGGGUGACAGACAUUUAAAUGCAAAAUGUAACAUAUGUGAAUAAAAUAUAAAGAUGCUCUGA